AUGGCGCACGGGCGACGGGAUGCGCCAGACAGCGAGCGGCGACGGCAGCCUCCAGGCUCCGAUACACCUGCUCCAGCUGCAGCUGCACGGCCGGGCUUCCGGGUGAUCGGCCGCGUUUCUCGGAAAGAACCUGGGGGCGGCGGCGGCGGGCGCGGGGGCUUCCACCGAGGCGGCGGCGGCUUCAACCGCGGCGGCAGCAACAACCACUUCCGAGGUGGAGGCGGCGGCAGUUUCAGAGGCGGCGGAGGCCGAGGGGGAUUUGGACGAGGAGGUGGCCGGGGAGGCUUCAACAAAGGCCAAGACCUAGGGCCUCCGGAGCGAGUGGUUUUAUUAGGAGAGUUCAUGCAUCCCUGUGAAGAUGACAUAGUUUGUAAAUGUACCACAGAAGAAAAUAAGGUGCCUUAUUUCAACGCUCCAGUUUAUUUAGAAAACAAAGAGCAAAUUGGAAAAGUGGAUGAAAUCUUUGGACAACUUAGAGAUUUUUAUUUUUCAGUUAAGUUAUCAGAAAACAUGAAGGCGUCUUCUUUUAAAAAACUACAGAAGUUUUAUAUAGACCCGUAUAAGCUGCUGCCACUGCAGAGGUUUCUACCGCGACCUCCAGGCGAGAAGGGACCCCCAAGAGGUGGUGGCAGGGGAGGCCGCGGAGGAGGCCGAGGAGGUGGUGGAAGAGGAGGUGGCGUCAGAGGUGGGAGAGGAGGUGGUUUUAGAGGUGGAAGAGGAGGUGGAGGCUUCAGAGGAGGAAGAGGAGGUGGUGGUUUCAGAGGAAGAGGACAUUAAGUGUAAGGACAGAGAAGCCUCUCCGGUGGGCGUCUGCAUUUACCGGCAUGAUCGACUAUGGAUUGGAAACUUGUUUCUUGAGCAAGUCCUGAAGAAUGGUCAUUUUGUGACAGUGGGACUAAAAUACCAGUAUCAUGCAAAAUGAAUGCAAUGGAAUAAGUGAUUUUGCUCUAAAAGAGCAUGAACAAGUUAUUUUAAUAUUUUAUACAUCAGGGAGCUCUGGGUGUUAUAUAAUAAGUGGACAGUUUUCAUUUGAGGCAUAUUUGAACUUUUAAAAUAAAAUGUUUUAUUCC